AUGCGUCGAUGUUUGCGAUGUCGAUCUCAUGAACUUUGUCGUGAUCAUGGUUCAUAUCGAUUAGUUACUCGUGACAAACUACGACCAUCUAUGUGGAUCAAUCAAUACGUGAUGCGUCACUAUCGCCCUACUAAUAUGACUUAUUCGAUGUGCGCAAAGAGCGUUUUUCACUGGACUAAUGAAACGAUCAACAUAUGGAGUCAUUUGUUAGGAUUCGUAUAUUUCACCUAUCGUCAGUACGAGAUGAAUGCCUAUCGUAUACCGCUAAUGGGUGGUCAUUUUCAAGAUCACCUUGUCAUAUCAUUAUCAUUAUUUGGAGCGCAGGUAUGUAUGCUAUUUUCGGCAGCUUAUCAUACGUUUUGUUGUGCAAACGAGAAGAAACGACAAAAAUUCCUCAAACUUGACAUCUUUGGAAUUUCCGCAGGAUUACUUGGGAUGUAUUUAUCUGGAAUUUACACGGCGUUCUUCUGUUUUGAGGACUGCCUGGAAACAUAUUUCUACAUGCUGAUGUCAAUUUUCUUAAUAGCUCUAUACGUACCAACUCGAGAAGACUUCUUUGAUAGAAAAAUUGUCGGAUCUCGGAUCGGUUACCUACAUAUGAUCUACAGUUUUAUUGUGAUCUGUGGCGUUUGUCCGACUACCCAUUGGGUCUUUUUGCAUGGAGGACUUGCCAGCGAACAUGUUACGAAAUGCCUGAUUGACAUUUUUGUCUUAUAUGGUCUCGUCGCUGCGGCAUUUUUCUUCUACGUAACGUUGCUGCCGGAACGACUUUCUCCUGGGACAUUUGAUCUCAUUGGUUGUUCACAUCAAUGGUGGCAUGUGUUAAUACUGUCAGCGAUGGUUUAUUGGCAACAUGCCGGUGCUGAAUUGUUAUCGUUCUACCGUAUGAAGCAUUCUUCGUGUGAGGAUGUUGCAAUGACAUCUUCAUGGAAUAGCAGUGCAAUUAGUUAA